AGCGGGGUGGAGCUACUUUGCCGACGGAGAACCAGGAAAGCAGAUUCUGUCAUUUGGUAAACCUUACAGAAUUCGUCGUCCUGCUGAGCACAAUGGCUAAAGCUGACAUAGCACUGAUCGGUUUGGCUGUCAUGGGCCAGAACCUCGUCAUGAACAUGAAUGACCAUGGCUUUGUCGUGUGUGCCUACAACCGGACGGUCUCCAAGGUGCAUGACUUCCUCCAGAAUGAGGCUAAGGGCUCCAAGGUGAUUGGAGCAGAGUCUCUUGAGGACAUGGUGUCCAAGCUGAAGAAGCCCAAGAGGAUCAUCCUGCUGGUCAAAGCUGGACAGGCUGUUGAUGACUUUAUUGACAAGCUGGUUCCUCUUCUCGACGCUGGAGAUAUCAUCAUUGACGGUGGCAACUCUGAAUACAGAGACACCACGCGGCGCUGUCAAAGCCUGAAAGAGAAGAACUUGCUCUUUGUGGGAAGCGGCGUCAGCGGGGGUGAGGAGGGGGCACGCUAUGGACCCUCACUCAUGCCCGGAGGACAUCCAGAAGCUUGGCCUCACAUCAAAGACAUCUUCCAGAGCAUUGCUGCCAAAGUGGGCACAGGAGAGCCUUGCUGUGAUUGGGUAGGCGAUGAGGGUGCAGGUCACUUUGUCAAAAUGGUCCACAAUGGCAUUGAGUACGGCGACAUGCAGCUGAUUUGUGAGGCCUAUCACCUGAUGAAGGACGUGCUCGGGAUGGACCAUGAUGAGAUGGCACAGGCUUUUGACAGCUGGAACAAAACAGAAUUGGACUCGUUCCUCAUCGAGAUCACCGCCAACAUCCUGAAGUACAGAGAUGCCGAUGGUACACAUCUGCUGCCCAAGAUUCGUGACAGUGCAGGACAGAAAGGCACAGGGAAGUGGACCGCCAUUUCAGCCCUGGAAUACGGCACACCUGUGACUCUGAUUGGCGAGGCUGUCUUUGCCAGAUGUCUGUCCUCACUGAAAGAGGAGAGAGUGGAGGCCAGCCGCAGCCUCUCAGGGCCACAGGGAGUCACAUUCAGUGGCGACAAGGCCGCCUUCCUGGAGGACAUUAGGAAGGCCUUGUAUGCUUCCAAGAUCAUCUCCUACGCGCAGGGCUUCAUGCUGCUUCGCCAGGCAGCCAAAGAGUUCGACUGGUCUCUCAACUACGGCGCCAUCGCUUUGAUGUGGAGAGGAGGCUGCAUCAUCCGCAGUGUGUUCCUGGGUAAAAUCAAGGAGGCGUUUGACAGGAAUGCUGAGCUGCAGAACUUGUUGAUGGACUCUUUCUUCAGUCAUGCUGUGCAGGACUGUCAGGAGUCGUGGCGAAGAACAGUCAGCACUGGCGUCCAGCAUGGCAUCCCCAUGCCUUGCUUCACCACCGCUCUGUCCUUCUACGACGGCUACAGACACGACAUGCUGCCUGCCAACCUCCUCCAGGCUCAGAGAGAUUACUUUGGAGCUCACACGUACGAGCUGCUCACCAACCCAGGACGCUUCAUCCACACCAACUGGACGGGCCACGGUGGAAAUGUCUCCUCCUCAUCCUACAAUGCUUAAUAAAGACAACGCUGAGGUGACAUUACCUAACCCCAGAUGGCUAAAGUGCAUAUGAGCUGUCAGGCUGAUCAGCCAAGGCUUUUCAGUGUUAGCACUGGAUUAAGGUGAAGUGUUGCACUGUACUGUAUUAGCUAAAUAAAGACUUCAAUCCCUUUUA